AUGCUUAUUGAGUAUGGGGUCUUGAGCAAGUACAAGAUUCAAGGGGCCCUCUCCAGUCGUGACCUGGAUGAGAAGUUUGACCUGAUCGUGGAAGCCAAUGACCAGCUGCUGGAAAAAAUUAACGGUGACCUGGACGAGGCGGCCGGCAUGAAGAAACGGCUGGAUCCGGUGGUGCAGACGGUCAGCGCCAGCACCGACGGUCCGAUUAGCGGCCGCUGGAACGUCACCACUAACCGGACGGUGGCGCGGUCGCCCUCGCAAACAAUCCGCCUCAUGACGGCGAACAACAUCGAGCGGCCGCAGCUGAGCUUCAAGCAGCGCGUCGACAACACGACCGCGGCGUUCGUGCCGAUCAUCACGGAUAAGCCACAUGCGCUGCGGCCGCUGGCCGUGCUGCUCGAGACGGACGACCAGGGCUUGGAGAGCUUCUCGCACCCGUACGAGUUCGAGCUGGAGCGUUUCCAGCCGCCGGAGUGGGCGCUGCGCCCCGCCUCUGAGCCGACGCCGCCGUCGCCGGCCGACCAGGCGCCCGUCACCAUGGUGACGAGUCCGGCCGGCCUCGAGCAGCUGGUGAAGGAGCUCAGCAGGGAGAGCGAGGUCGCCGUCGACCUGGAGCACCACAGCUACCGCAGCUACCUGGGCCUGACGUGCCUCAUCCAGAUUUCGACGCGCACGCGCGACUACAUCGUGGACGCGCUCCAGCUCCGAGGACAGCUGCAGCCGCUCAACGAGGUGUUCGCCAAUCCCAACAUCGUCAAGGUGUUCCACGGCGCCGACUCGGACGUGGAGUGGCUGCAGCGCGACUGCGGUCUGUACCUGGUGCACCUGUUCGACACGCACCAGGCCUGCAAGGUGCUGGCCUUCCCGCGCCUCUCGCUCGCCUACCUGCUGCAGCACUUCUGCAACGUGACCGCCGACAAGCGGUUCCAGCUGGCCGACUGGCGGAUCAGGCCGCUGCCCGAGAACAUGGUGCGCUACGCUCAGGAGGACACGCACUACCUGCUGUACAUCUACGACCGCAUGCGCAACCUCCUGCUGGAGAAGGGCAACGAGCAGAAGAACCUCAUUCGGAGCGUGUACACCAACAGCACGCUCGUCUGUCUGAAGAAGUACCAGAAGCCGGUGGUGCGAGCCGACAGCCACGUGGAGAUGUACCGGCGAAGCAAAAAGUCGUUCAGCAAUAAACAGAUGGCAGCACUGGCGCAGCUCUACAAGUGGCGCGACGAGACUGCCCGCAUCGAGGACGAGAGCACGCAGUACGUGCUGCCGAACCACAUGCUGCUGCAGAUCUCUGAGCUGCUGCCGCGCGAGAUGCAGGGUCUGCUGGCCUGCUGCAGCCCCGUGCCGCCGCUGCUGCGCCAGAACCUGGCCGCCGUGCAUAAGAUGGUGCUGACCGCGCGCAGUCUGCAGCAUGUCAUCGAGACGCGGGCGGACCCGGCCAUCCUGGUGGAGGCGCCGGCCCGGUCACGUGACGAGUGCAACAGCGUGCUGCACAACCGGCACGACACCAGCCACCUGGCGGACGGCGACCGAGUCAACGUCCCCAUGCUGCUGUGUCCGGGGGCUGACGACAGCCUGGACACGUCGGCGGCGGAGGAGGUCCCGACGCCGUCAGCCAGGAUCAAGGAGGCGCCGGAUCUGGACGUGUUCGCGCCGGAGCGGGCGGUGACGUCAUCCGUGGGAGAGGAUUGGAUCAGCCCCUACCGCCGCUACCUGAUGAUGAAGGAGAGCAUUGGUGACGAGAAGGUGGUGCGUCGGAUGGCCGAGCUGACCGAGAUGACGCUUCUGUCGGGCGUCAAACGGAAGGACACCAUUCGGGAGGCGAAGAAGGGCCGCAAGGCGCACAAGCGGAAGCGGGACGCGGACGGCGCGGAGCGAUAUGGCCUCACUUGCGUGCACGAUGUCAGCAAACAACGGCAGCGACUAAAAUCCUUCUACGAGCAGUACUAG